AUGUUUUCUCCAGAGAACUACCUCAAGGAGCUGCCUCAAUAACAAUAAUUUAAAAAAAAAUCAGGAGUUCGCGUGUUUUACAGUCAUAGCGCUGCAUAGAAGAGGAAUUGAACCAUGACGAAAGAGGAGGUUAAAGGAGCUAACGAGGCGGAGCAGCAGGCCCAGUCGAAGAAAGCACUGAAGAAACAGCAGAAGGAAGCAGAGAAAGCAGCCAAGAAAGCCGAGAAGCAGGCAAAGCUGGCAGCAGAGCAGCAGAGCACUGAGGAGGAUGAUUUUGCUAAGGACCGCUACGGUGUCUCUCCCAUGGUUCAGUCCCAGCAAAAACUGGACAGGGUGUUGGUCCGCAUCCAGGAGCUGACACCCAAGAAGGCUGACCAGCUGAUCUGGGUCCGUGCCAGAAUUCACACCAGCAGAGCUAAAGGAAAGCAGUGUUUUUUGGUCCUGCGUCAACAACAGUUUAACGUCCAGGCCCUUGUCGCCGUUGGAGACUGUGCGAGCAAGCAGAUGGUCAAGUUUGCCGCCAACAUCACCAAGGAAAGCAUUGUGGAUGUGGAGGCCAUGGUGAGGACCGUGGAUCAGAAGAUAGAGAGCUGCUCUCAGCAGGACGUGGAGCUGCAUGUCGAGAGGAUCUUUGUGAUCAGCCAGGCCGAACCAAGGCUUCCUCUGCAGCUGGAAGAUGCUGUAAGACCAGAGGGAGAGGGAGAUGAGCAGGAUGGCAGAGCCACAGUAAAUCAAGACACCAAGCUGGACAACCGAGUCAUAGAUCUCAGAACCACAACAAGCCAGGCUAUCUUCCGCCUGCAGUCUGGAGUGUGCCAGCUCUUCAGAGACACCCUCACCAAUAAGGGCUUUGUGGAGAUCCAGACCCCUAAGAUCAUCUCAGCUGCCAGUGAGGGUGGAGCAAACGUGUUCACUGUCUCCUACUUCAAAACCAGCGCCUACCUGGCCCAGUCUCCACAGCUCUACAAGCAGAUGUGCAUCUGCGCUGACUUUGACAAGGUGUUCUGUGUGGGACCAGUGUUCAGAGCAGAGGAUUCAAAUACUCAUCGUCACCUGACAGAGUUUGUGGGUCUGGAUAUUGAGAUGGCUUUCAACUAUCAUUACCACGAGGUCAUUGAUUCCAUCACCGACACCAUGGUCCAGAUCUUUAAAGGACUGAGAGACCGGUUCCAGACGGAGAUUCAGACGGUGAACAAGCAGUUCCCCAGUGAGCCCUUUAAGUUUCUGGAGCCCACACUGAGGCUGGAGUAUAAGGAGGGUGUAGCCAUGCUGAGGGCUGCUGGGGUGGAGAUGGGUGACGAGGAUGACCUGAGCACACCUAAUGAAAAACUGCUUGGUCGUCUUGUGAAGGAGAAGUAUGACACUGACUUCUAUGUGCUGGACAAAUACCCCUUGUCAGUGCGACCAUUCUACACCAUGCCAGACCCUAACAACCCUAAAUACUCAAACUCCUAUGACAUGUUUAUGAGAGGGGAGGAAAUUCUGUCUGGUGCUCAGAGAAUCCACGAUGCCCAGCUGCUGACUGAGAGAGCACAGCAUCACAAUAUUGAUCUGGAGAAGAUCAAAUCUUACAUCGACUCUUUCCGAUACGGUGCACCUCCUCACGCUGGUGGUGGCAUAGGUUUGGAGAGAGUGACCAUGCUGUACCUGGGUCUCCACAAUGUACGUCAGACAUCAAUGUUCCCCCGCGACCCCAAACGCCUGACUCCUUGAGUGCUCUCUGGAGUCUGACCACAUCAGAGAUCCUGUCCUGGAAAAGUAAUGGAAAAUCUCGAACAAGCAUCCAGUCAGGGAACAGAUGUGCCAGGAUACUGAAGUGCCACCAUCCAUAACUAACCUAACCAUGCCAUGUUUUUAACCCCGCAUACUAUACUGUAUGGUACUGACAAGUCUGCAAAGUUGUUAGGGAAUUAAAGAAAGUAUUGUAGUAGAUCAGUCUUAAGGGAAUCAAUAUCAGAAGAGUAAUACAGGUUGAGAAAAAUACUGAAUUAGUAGCAUGGAGUAGAAGGGAAACCUCUGUGUUAGCAAAAGUGUUCUGUAUGUCUCUUUUUCUACUUACUCGACUUUGCUACUUGACACACUACAUGGGUAUGACUUUACUGAACGACCGAGCUCCAGUGGCACAAAGUACUUGUUAUAGAUGUUUUUAAAAAUUAAUUGGAAGAUUAUAUAAUUAAAGCUAUUUCAAAAAGUGAAA